CUCUGCAGUUUUUGCUCAUGUUGCAUCUUGUUCUGUUUUCUUUGAAUAAAGAGCUAAUCUUUCCACAUAAUAGCCUUUCAAUCUUGAUCUGUUUACAACAGGAUCCAUCCUGUUACCCCAGGGGUUUUGAAUGAAUCAGAUGAGAUAAUGUAUAUGAAAGUGUUCUGAAACAUAUAAAGCACUGUGAUCAAUUUAGUGAUCAGCCAUAAUUCUAAAGGACCAGUGAUGAAACAUGCUUCUCACCUCCUACUAGGGAGGUGAUGGGCUCAGUAUAGAAUGAGACAGUUAAUGUGGCAAUUCUGUUUUGCUUGACUAUAGUUGUUAGAACAGUUUUGUUUUUCUUUUUCAAUGGUGGUCAGGGGGAGAGAUUGGAGGGAGAAGGAGGCUAGAGAUUAGAUUCUUUUCAUUCUCCCCUUAAUCCUCCUUGCCCAUGUACCCCCAAAAAAGAAUAAAAGGAAGGCAAGAAGGAAUCAUAGACAAUCAGGAUAGCUUUAAAAGUUACAUGUUGAAUUUAUUUAAAAAUUAAAAAGUUCCACAUCAAAGAGAUUAAAUUCAUUUUUGUGUGUAUGAUCCUCCCCUCCUGUUCUAUAGUAAUGGAAGUGCUCAUUUUAGUUGGUUUUGUCAAAUUCAGAAUAAAAAAAAAAGACGAAAGUAUUUUUAUAAAGUAUAAAACAAGUAUCCUAUAAAUGCAGAGAAUUAUGCUCCCAGCUAUAUUUAGAGGUAUCCUGGAACUCAGGGGACAAAUUGGGAAAGCCUUGGCUUCUGUAUAUGCUUAGAAAAGAUGAAAACCUUCCUUUUCCUGGCCUCUGGAUACUACUGCCUGGCAUGAGAGGCAUUCUUCAGACUUCUCUUUGUUGUAGGCAUCGCCAACUGGGAAUCCCACCGUGGCAAUGUGAAGGAGAUUAUGUUGCAGCUAUCAGAGUCUCAGGAGGAUAGCCGGUCACUCAUGGCUUUGGUGGACCCAUCCCAGUGUGGACUGAGUAAUAGAGUGAUUCAGGACAUUCGAAACUGCAAAGCCAUCCAGAGAUUGGUUUUUGUCUCCUGCAGGCCUUAUGGGAAAUCCAUUGAAAACAUCAUUGAGUUGUGCCGGCCCCCAAACCCUGAUGGGAACCUCCUUGGUGAGCCUUUUGUUCUGAAACAAGCUGUACCAGUGGACAUGUUCCCCCAUUCCUACCAAUGUGAGUUGGUGAUGCUCUUCACCCGGUGAUUAGCCCUAGAAGACCACAGACUGUCUUUUAAGGACUGAAUAUCAGGAUAUAAUAGACAAGAGUAUUCGCUUUUUUGUCUGCGCUGAGCCUGGAUAUAUCUUGAGAAGACAGAUGUUGGUUCCUUCUCUAAGAAGAAAAGAUAUAAAAGGCUUCCUAACUGAGGUAGACCUUUUCUAUCUUGCCUCUGGUGCACUGAUGAUGGCAUAAUUAUUUUUGUAUCUCUCCUCUAUCCUUACCUUGUGUCUAGCACAGUGCUUAUGUACAUAGUAGACCCCUAAUAAAUGGUUAAGUCAAUAAA